AUGUCGAGUCUUUUGGUGAAUUUGACCUCUUUGUUACAGAAUGCGGGGCAUCAUGUCGUUGCCCUUCUCUCUCGCCUCUACGAGCUCCUACCGUCUUGGAUCAGCCGAGGUUCCUAUAACGAACAACAGUUGUCAAUCAUAGCGACCACAACUAUUCAACUCCUUCAAGAUGGACGCUGGGGCUACUUGCGUAACCAGUUUGCUCUGCCUUUGAGGUUUUUCCUCACUGAGACUUUACUGGAAAAGGGCUGGCAGAUGAUUACCGCAACCACGGGGCCGAUUCAACGGAUUGGGCAGCCGGUUAUCUCUGGUGGCUGGUUUCUCUCCGCCAAGGUACCAGUUCAUUUCUCCAGAGCAAAUCUGGCCUUGAUUAUCCAGAUGCGAUCCUCGGGGAAACUUAUAGGCCUUCGCGUGAGCCCGCUUUUUGCUGCUGGGCUGGGUCAAGACUGGAAGCCUCCUCCCUACGCUGAGCUUGGUGCUGAGCGGGAGGUAGAACUUAAGCUUGGAUUAAAACUGGAAGUGCCAGGGAUGCUUUGUCUUCCAAAGGAACCGGGCGUUUUCCCUUGCGUCAUCUUUCUGUCUGGUUCUGGGCCUUGCGACAUGGACUCGACCGUUGGCUCGGUGAAGCCUCUCAAAGAUCUUGCUCUUGGCCUUGCACAACAUGGCAUUGCUUCUAUCCGCUUUGAUAAAGUGACCCUCAAGCAUGCGCAAAAGUUCAAAAAUAGUACAACCAUCACAGUCGGCGAUGAGUACCUUGAUCAGGCCAACAAUGCCAUCGCACAUGCAAAGCAGCACUCCGAGAUUGACCCUGACCGGAUCUUCAUUAUCGGACAUAGCCUCGGUGCGACUGUUGCCCCUUACCUGGCUCAAACCGACGAACGGGUACGCGGAGUUGUCUUACUUGCUGCACCGAGUCAGCCUUUGCACAGGGCUUACGUUCGGCAACUCCGUUACUUUGCCUCGUUGGAUAGUGAGCCAGUGGAAGCCAUGCAGGAGCUCAUUGCGGAGGCAGAACAAAAAGCCGAUGCAGCAGAUUCCGGUGCUACUGUAGCGAAAGACCUUCCAUUCAACCUCCCCGCUUCUUACUGGAACAGCGUCCGUGAACUCGAUCCUGUGGGUACCGCGCAGAGGUUGGAGAAGCCGAUGCUAUUGCUUCAAGGUUCGCGCGAUUAUCAAGUCACGGUAGAGGAUGAUUGGGUUGAAUGGGAGCGUGCACUUGGCAACAAGAACAAUGCUCGUUUGCGGGCUUAUGAGGGACUUGAUCAUUGUUUCAUCAAAGGAGAAGAAAAAUCUACGCCAGCUGAUUAUGAUGUACCGGGAAAUGUGGAACUAGAAGUUGUUCGUGACAUCAGUCGUUGGAUUUUGGACACGGAGACAGGUGGAAGUUCUAGUGGUAUAUAG